CCAUAACAUCGCCGCCAACAUGUCGACCAGCGGACUCAAGGCAAUUGCGCCUGUUCCCACUGCCAAUGAUUUUUUGGACAUUGUGCUGUCUAAGACGCAAAGGAAAACCCCUACGGUUAUCCACAAAAACUUCAAAAUCAGCAGGAUAAGGAACUUUUAUAUGCGCAAGGUCAAGUUUACUCAGGAUUCGUUCGAUGAAAAGCUGGGUGCUAUCCUGAAUGAGUUCCCUAUGCUUGAUGAACUACACCCCUUCCUGGCUUCCCUCAUGAACGUUCUAUACGACAAGAACCACUACAAGCUUGCUUUGGGUCAACUACGGACGGCUCGGCAUUUGAUUGAUCAAGUCGCAAAGGAUUAUGUCCGCCUACUCAAGUUCGGCGACAGUUUGUAUCGGUGUAAGCAGUUGAAGAGGGCAGCACUUGGACGAAUGGCCACCAUCAUGAAGCGUCAAAAGGACCCUCUAGCAUACCUGGAGCAAGUUCGGCAACACAUAUCCCGUCUACCCGCCAUCGACCCUAACACCCGAACGCUUCUGAUCUGCGGUUACCCUAAUGUUGGAAAGUCGUCCUUCAUCAACAAAGUCACCCGUGCGGAUGUCGACGUGCAGCCCUACGCCUUCACCACGAAAUCACUGUUCGUCGGGCACUUGGAUUACAAAUAUCUUCGAUGGCAAGUUAUCGAUACUCCCGGAAUCCUCGACCACCCGCUCGAGGACAUGAAUACCAUUGAGAUGCAGAGUAUCACUGCGCUCGCGCACCUGAAGGCUUGCAUCCUCUAUUUCAUGGACUUGAGUGAGCAAUGCGGGUACAGCGUCGAAGCGCAGUGCAAACUAUUCCAUUCGAUCAAACCUCUCUUCGCAAAUAAACCCGUCGUGCUGGUCAUCAACAAAAUCGACGUUACUCGGCUAGAUGAUUUAGACGAGACAAAUCGCGCGCUCGUCCAAGAAAUCAUCGACAGCGAGAACGUCCUCUGCGUACAAGUGUCGUGCUACUCCGAAGAAGGCGUGAUGGACUUGAAGAACAAGGCAUGCGACGCGCUGCUCGCACACCGCGUCGAUUCGAAGAUGAAGGGCAACAAGGUGAACUCGAUCAUCAACCGGAUACAUGUCGCGCAGCCCAAGGCGAGGGACGAAGUCGUACGGGAGCCGUUCAUCCCGGAGGCUGUCAAGAAUAAGAAGAAGUACGACAAGAACGAUCCGGAGCGGAGGAAGCUUGAGAAGGACAUCGAGGCCGAGGAGGGCGGCCCUGGGGUGUACAACUUCAACCUGAAGAAGAACUACAUGCUUGCGGAUCCGGAGUGGAAGAUGGACGUCAUGCCCGAGAUCGUGGAUGGCAAGAACGUCGCGGACUUUAUUGAUCCCGAUAUUGCUGAGAAGCUGGAGGCGUUGGAGAGGGAGGAAGAGAAGCUGCAGGCGGAAGGCUUCUAUGAUAGCGACGAGGAUAUCAUGGAUUCUGAGGAUGAGCGAGAAGCGGAGGAAGCAAAGGUCGCCCUCGACGCCAAGAUCCGCUCGCAACACACCAAAAAGUCGAUGAAGCACGCUGCACGGCUACCACGGACAGCCGGCUUGCGCACAUUGUCGGAGAUGACUACGGAGCUGACGAAGGCCGGCCUUGACCCGAGUCGGAUACAGGAGCGUGCAGAGAUGCUCGCGAAAGUGCGCAGCGAGCAGCGGAAGCGGAAGAGGGACGAGAUGGACGUGGAUAUGGAGGACGCUGAGGCCGAGGAGGCGGAGGGAGAUUGGAUGGAUGUGGAUGGUGAGGACUCGCCUAAUAAGCGGGUGAAGGGCAACUCUGGGAGAGUGGUCGCGAAGGGGAAGAGGGAGCCGAGGUCGAAUAGGCAGUUGGCUGGCAUGCGGGACGAAGCGCAAGCGUCGAAAGCCAUCAAACUCCGCAACCUCGGACAGAGGGAGCGGAAUAUGCAUGCGAGAGCGGGAGAGGCCGAUCGGCACAUCAGGGUCAAGAUGCCCAAACAUCUGUUCUCUGGAAAACGGAAGAUGGGCAAGACAGACCGGAGAUAAUGUCUGGCUCCCUUUCUUUGUAUCAUCGCUUCAUGUUUCUAUCUGUAGCAGUGGCCCAGAUAUAUAUGGAUGGGCGUGUAAAGGAUAUCAGUACCAGCACAUUGCAUUGCUCGUCAUUACCG